GAGCACCUUUUACAGUAACGGCGUCGGCUUGGUCGGGGGCUCGAAAAUCAUGGGCACAACAAAAAUGCGAUAAUUUAACUCAUGUUAAUGCCAUAGUUAGUUUUAUACGCGGUAGACGAGAUGUCUGUGUGUAAUACAGAGUAAUGAGCGACCGCAGGCUUUUAGGAGGGCGUUAAUGUUUGUCCUCGUUUGAAGUUGAAGUCAGGUUAGCCUAGCUAGCAUCUCUCUCUCUCUCUCUCUCUCUCUCUCUCUCUCCAGUGGUUGUGGCCUCUCUCACCCCGCUUGACUCAUUGCUGAGGAAAAUAUGGUGUCCUGGAUCAUAUCAAGAUCCGUCGUGCUGGUUUUUGGAAACCUGUACCCAGCGUACUACUCAUACAAAGCAGUGAAAACCAAAAACGUCAAGGAAUAUGUGAGAUGGAUGAUGUACUGGAUUGUAUUCGCCCUGUACACAGUGGUGGAGACCAUCACAGAUCUAACCAUAGCCUGGUUUCCUCUGUAUUAUGAGAUCAAGAUUGCGUUUGUGAUCUGGCUUCUGUCUCCCUACACAAGAGGAGCUAGUGUCAUCUACAGAAAAGCCCUGCAUCCUCUGCUGUGCUCCAAAGAAAGGGAAAUUGAUGACUACAUAGUUCAGGCAAAAGAGCGAAGCUACGAAACCAUGCUGAACUUUGGCAAGCAGGGCCUGAGCAUUGCUGCAACUGCAGCUGUGACUGCAGCUGUCAAGGGUCAAGGAGCCAUCACAGAGAAGCUCAGAAGCUUCAGCAUGCACGAUCUUACCCAGAUCUCUCAAGGAGAUGUGUACCCAGGGUACUCCAGCUCCAACCCUGCCAGAAGAGCUAUUAUGGACCAUCCCGACGGAGCUGAGUAUUAUCAGUAUGAUGAUGAUGAUGACAGGAGUGAUGAAGAGGGUAAGGCUGUGUUUUCUGAGGAUGAAGCUGUGUCUCAGCACGGCCUCAGACGAUCUCAAAGCGUCAAAAUCACACGCUCAAAGCUGCGCAAAGAUGCACGUUAUGGAUCUCUGAAGAUCAAAGGGAAGAAACGGCCAGCGCUCAAUGCCAUGACUUACUCCAGUGUGGAGAACUGAACUCACUACUGACAUGAGGGAUGAAGUGUCCACAUUAUCAGUGGACAACAAAUAUCUUCAUAUUCUCUUUCAUAAGGGCUGUGGACUAUUUUUCAUGUGGUCUCUUUUUCAUGGAUAUACCAAAAGGACUAUUUAUUUCUUCUACCAGCACAAGUGUGUACAUAUGAGUAUCAUGAGUAGUGAAAUGAGCAUCUGAGAAUUGAGUGAUAGGUGUUGGCUUUUGCAUUGCAUGUUUUUGUCUGAAUUUGACAUUCAGAUGUCUUUUGGCUUCAGUAUUUGUGUUUAGUAAUGUGUUCUUUUUGGAUGUGGGUUUUAUACUUCUGUUUUACUUCAUAUUUUGCUGCCUUUUAGAUAGUUUGUUUUAAGUAGGUUUUUGACAAUUUAGUUUAGGUUUAGUUUAGGUUUUAACACUUGAAAAUGAUUUGUCAACAUUAGACCAAAAGUGUCCCUUAUCAGUAAUGAAGAACAUACCAAAGAUAUAGAAAGGCUGUGUUGUAUUAAUGUUGACCUUUUAGGGGGGGAAAAAAAACCUUUUGCACAUUUUGUGAAUCCUUGAUUUCUGUUCUCAAUUUAGAAUGUUUCUUUAUUUGGGAGAAAGUCCGCACUAAUAUAAAAUCUCUGCUGUGUCUGAGCGUGCAGGUAACUCUGUGCUGUUGUGUGGGUGGAUGCGUCAUUCAAAAUUAAUGCAAUGAGAUGAAUAAAACCAGAGUAUUGUUAUUCAAUAA